CAUAUAAAAUAGCAACAGGCACAGAUAAGAAAUUAGCUUAACGAGGUAAACAACUGCGCAGUAUCAAAUUGCUUUACCAUGGAGAGAAGUGAUAACAAACAGUUGAAGGAAAAAUAAAACUUUAAAAAUGUAUGGGAUAGUUAGGGCCUAGUUUCACUUGCAGUUAUUCAGAAUGUAUUUGGAAAGGAAUAGAUGAGCUGUGUUUUUUUUGUUUUUUUUCAUAAAUUCUAAAGUAGGGCAGUCCUUUCUUCGCCUCUACAGUCUCCGAGUUUUGAUUGAGUACUUGAACGCAUCAUUUAGUCCAUCCGGGUCCCUGGAUGCUCAGCUGAAGGUGGCGGCGGUGAUACUGUCCACAGUUCAGCGCGGAGCCAGACAUAAACAUGAAAUACAAAGUUUGAGCUAAACUUACGACUGAAAUCACUGAAUUAAAAGCUUUUGUGAUGUUUUCUUUUGAACUUCGUUAUCUGUUACGGACCCAGACGAAACUGUUUUAUCGUAAUCAUAAGUAACGUAAUACUAGUUAUUUGGUUUAGCAAACAUGAGCUAACUUAGCUACUCUGCAAGGAGAGAACAACAUUGUCUUUCGCAUCCAGAGGAAAGAGGGAAUAACUCAAGCUGACUUAAUCGGAAUCUUGGGUCCCUAAGGAUGUCAGACUCAGACAGUGACGAGGAUCAAGAUCGCCCUUUCUCCAUAACUGGCUUCCUCUUUGGAAACAUAAAUGAAGAUGGACAACUCGAAGAUGACAGUGUGCUGGAUAAUGAGUCCAAAAAGCAUCUGGCUGGUUUGGGUAAUCUGGGUCUGGGCUCGCUCAUCACAGAGAUCACUGCCAAUGAUGAUGAUGAGGACGACGAAGAAAACGGAGAGUCUGGGGGUGGAAGUGGGAAUGUGGAUGCAGAAGGUUGGGUGAAAAGCACAGAAGAUGCAGUGGAUUAUUCUGACAUCAGUGAGGUCGCUGAGGAUGAGACCAAGAAGUACCGUCAGGCCAUGGGGACUUUGCAACCCAGCAGGAAUACAGACGAUGAGGAUGACUAUGAUGCUGACUGUGAGGACAUUGAUUCUAAGCUCAUGCCUCCUCCGCCCCCACCAAGUCUUCCUACAGCUGCCAAGAAAGAGGAACCCUCCACCCAAACAACAAGUGUUGGAGAAGAGGGUGACGGCAUCAUCCUGCCUUCCAUCAUCGCUCCAUCCUCUACGGCAGAUAAGGUUGACUUCAGCAGCUCCUCGGACUCUGAGUCAGAAACUGACCGGCCCUGCCAGGGUUCAGGAGCUGGAGGCCCCCCAGAUAGUCUCACUCUCCCUCUUGCUGGCAUCAUGCAAAAAGAUGCUGCUAAAGCACUGCCAGGUGUCACAGAACUAUUCCCAGAGUUCAGGCCUGGAAGGGUGCUCAGGUUCUUACGACUGUUUGGUCCUGGAAAGAACAUGCCUUCAGUUUGGAGGAGUGCUCGCAGAAAGAAGAAGAGGAAGCACAGAGACCCUCAGCCUGGGACCCCUCCCCCAGAAGGAGAGUCCACAGAACAGAGCCAGGACAAGAAGUCGGGAUGGGUUUAUGAAUACGCAGCCGCUCCACCCCCAGAGCAGUGUCUCUCUGAUGACGAGAUUACCAUGAUGGCUCCGGUUGAAUCAAAGUUCUCUCAAACUUGUGGUGAUGGGGACAAAGAGGCAGAGUCGCGGCCUAAAGUUGCAGAAUGGAGAUAUGGUCCGGCUCAGCUCUGGUACGACAUGCUUGGCGUCUCCGAAGAUGGGAGCAACUUUAACUAUGGGUUUAAGCUAAAAGAAGAGACCGGCGAGCCUCAGAGGGAAGAAGCGCCCAAAGAGAUAACAGAACCCACACAUGAGUUCCUGAGGCAGGAGGAAGAUGACAAUAGUGAUGGUAACAAUGAAGAUGGGGAAAAGGAUAGACAAAGCAUUGAAGAUGAGCUCUUCCUCAUGGUCACUCAACUGCAAUGGGAGGACGAUAUCAUCUGGAAUGGGGAGGAAGUAAAACACAAGGGAACCAAGACUCAGCGAGCUAGCUUGGCAGGAUGGCUCCCCUCUAGCAUGACCCGAAACGCCAAUGCUUACAACGCACAGCAAGGUCUGACAAGAAGUAAUUCACAGCUGGUGCCACCUACACCUCCACCUAUGCCCAAAGCUUCUUCAAUCUCUGGCUCUAAGAGGGACAAAAGCAGCCAUGAUAACCAUGCCUUUCAAGAAGAAGACUCUCCCUGGUUCUCCAUUUUUCCCAUUGACAGCGAGGAGUUGGUGUACGGACGCUGGGAGGAUAACAUCAUUUGGGAUGACCAGGACAUGGACCGCAUGCUAAUGCCACCUGUUCUUACUCUGGAUCCGAAUGAUGAAAAUAUCAUCCUAGAAAUGCCUAAUGAAAAGGAGGAGAUGACUUCCCAUUCUCCAUCAAAGGAGAACAAGAAGGAAACUGCAAUCAAAAAGAGCCGCAUCCUGCUGGGGAAGACUGGUGUGAUAAAAGAGGAGCCACAGCAGAAUAUGUCCCAGCCUGAGAUGAAGGACCCCUGGAACCUCUCCAAUGAUGAGUUCUAUUAUCCCAAACAGCAGGGUCUGAGGGGGACCUUUGGUGGAAACAUCAUUCAGCACUCCAUCCCAGCUCUGGAGCUGAGGCAACCCUUCUUCCCCACUCACAUGGGGCCCAUGAAGCUGCGUCAGUUCCAUCGCCCUGCUCUGAAGAAGUACUCUUUCGGAGCUUUGGCUCAGCCGGGUCCUCAUGCCGUCCAGCCUCUGCUUAAACAAAUCAAGAAGAAAGCCAAGAUGAGAGAGCAGGAGCGUCAAGCAUCAGGAGGAGGAGACAUGUUCUUCAUGCGAACCCCACAGGACCUGACAGGCAAAGACGGAGAUCUGAUCCUGGCAGAGUACAGUGAAGAGUUCGCCCCGCUUAUGAUGCAAGUGGGCAUGGCUACAAAAAUCAAAAACUACUACAAAAGGAAACCUGGAAAGGAUCCAGGAGCCCCGGACUGUAAAUACGGAGAGACUGUGUACUGCCACACAUCCCCUUUCCUUGGUUCUCUGCACCCAGGACAGCUUCUCCAGGCAUUUGAAAACAACCUCUUCCGUGCUCCGAUCUACCUGCACAAGAUGCCAGAGACGGACUUCCUGGUUAUAAGAACGCGGCAUUGCUACUACAUCAGAGAGAUUGUGGACAUUAUCGUAGUGGGUCAGGAGUGCCCUUUGUUUGAGGUCCCUGGACCAAACUCCAAACGAGCCAAUACUCACAUCAGAGACUUCCUACAGGUGUUCAUUUACCGCCUGUUCUGGAAGAGCAAAGAUCGACCCCGCAGAAUCCGCAUGGAGGACAUAAAGAAAGCUUUCCCGUCACACUCGGAGAGCAGCAUCAGGAAACGGCUCAAACUCUGCGCUGACUUUAAGCGUACAGAGAGGAAUCUGAGCAGGGUCAGAGCUUUAUACAACCUCUAUGGACUGUACUUUGAAGGGAUGGACUCUAACUGGUGGGUGCUGAAGCCUGACUUCAGACUGCCCACAGAGGAGGAGAUCAGAGCCAUGGUGUCUCCAGAGCAGUGCUGCUCUUACUACAGCAUGCUGGUGGCAGAGCAGAGACUCAAGGAUGCUGGAUAUGGUGAGAAAUCCUUCUUUGCUCCAGAUGAGGAGAACGAAGAGGACUUUCAAAUGAAGAUUGAUGAUGAGGUGCGGACAGCUCCUUGGAACACAACUAGAGCAUUCAUUUCUGCCAUGAAGGGGAAGUGCCUGUUAGAGGUGACAGGUGUGGCGGAUCCUACAGGCUGUGGAGAGGGUUUCUCUUAUGUCAAAGUGCCCAACAAGCCCACUCAACAGAAGGAUGACAAAGAGCCCCAGCCCGCUAAGAAGACAGUGACGGGAACAGAUGCUGAUUUGAGGAGGCUCUCGCUGAAGAAUGCGAAGCAGCUGCUGCGCAAGUUUGGUGUACCAGAGGAAGAGAUAAAGAAGCUCUCUCGAUGGGAGGUGAUUGACGUGGUGAGAACCAUGUCCACGGAGCAGGCACGUUCAGGUGAGGGACCGAUGAGCAAGUUCGCUCGAGGCUCGCGCUUCUCCGUUGCUGAACAUCAGGAGCGUUACAAGGAGGAGUGUCAGAGGAUCUUUGACCUGCAGAACAAAGUGUUGGAGUCCACAGAAGUGCUCUCCACAGACACAGACAGCAGCUCAGCAGAGGACAGCGACUUCGAGGAGAUGGGAAAGAACAUCGAGAACAUGCUGCAGAACAAGAAAACCAGCUCCCAGCUUUCUCGAGAGAGGGAGGAGCAGGAGAGGAAAGAGCUUCAGAGGAUGCUGAUGGGCGAAGAGAGCGAUCGUGACCAUAAGGGGCGCAAGGAGCGACGAAAAGGCUUGUCCAGCUCCUUAUCCACCAGCUCUCACAAGGACGAUGACACAUCCUCCGUCACCAGCCUGAACUCCUCAGCCACAGGGCGGAGACUCAAGAUCUAUCGCACCUUCAGAGACGAGGAUGGAAAGGAGUAUGUGCGCUGCGAGACGGUACGCAAGGCUUCAGUCAUCGACGCCUACACCAGGAUCAGAACCACCAAGGACGACGAAUUCAUACGAAAGUUUGCCCUCUUCGAUGAGCAGCACAGAGAAGAAAUGAGAAAAGAGCGCCGGCGUAUUCAGGAGCAGCUGAGGAGGCUGAAGAGAAACCAGGAAAAGGACAAGAUCAAGGGACCUCCAGAGAAGAGGGCCAAGAAGCUGAAGGAGAGACCAGACCUCAAGGUAAAACUAAAGUGCGGUGCAUGUGGAGCCAUCGGACACAUGAGGACCAACAAGUUCUGCCCGCUGUACUAUCAAACAAAUGCCCCGCCAUCCAACCCCGUCGCCAUGACAGAGGAGCAGGAGGAGGAGCUUGAGAAGACGGUGAUCCACAAUGACAAUGAGGAGCUCAUCAAGGUGGAGGGCACCAAGAUCGUGCUGGGAAAACAGCUGAUUGAGAGUGCUGAUGAGGUGCGCAGAAAGUCUUUAGUACUUAAGUUCCCCAAGCAGCAGCUCCCACCGAAGAAGAAGAGACGUGUGGGCAGCGCUGUGCACUGUGACUAUCUCAAUAAACCACACAAAGCCAUCCACAGGCGUCGCACUGACCCCAUGGUGACUUUGUCUUCUGUGCUAGAGAGCAUCAUCAACGACAUGCGGGACCACCCCAACACAUACCCAUUCCACACACCGGUCAAUGCCAAGGUUGUGAAGGACUACUAUAAGAUCAUUACCCGGCCCAUGGACCUGCAGACGCUGCGGGAGAACGUGCGAAAGAGAAUGUACCCGUCCAGGGAGGAGUUCAGAGAAGCAGUGGAAGUUAUUGUCAAAAACAGCGCCACCUACAACGGGGCAAAACAUCCAAUAACACAGGUUGCACAGUCCAUGCUAGACCUGUGUGAUAAUAAACUCAAAGAGGAGGACAGGCUAGUGAGGCUGGAAAAAGCCAUCAACCCACUGCUGGAUGACGACGAUCAAGUUGCCUUCUCCUUUAUCCUUGACAACAUCGUGACCCAGAAAAUGAUGGUCGUCCCUGAUUCGUGGCCGUUUCACCAUCCUGUCAACAAAAAGUUUGUGCCCGAUUAUUAUAAGGUGAUAGUAAACCCCAUGGAUCUGGAGGGCAUCCGCAAGAACAUUUCCAAACACAAAUACCAGAACAGAGAGGUGUUUCUCUCAGAUGUUGGUCUCGUCCACACCAACAGCAUCAAGUACAACGGUCCCGAAAGUCCUUACACCAAGACGGCUCUGGACAUCGUCAAUGUGUGCAAGCAGACUCUGUCAGAGUAUGAUGAGCACUUGACCCAGCUGGAAAAAGACAUCUCCACUGCUAAAGAGGCCGCUCUGGACGCUGCAGACCUGGAGUGUCUAGACCCGAUGACGCCUGGGCCAUACACACCACAGGGUCGCCACGGCAGAAGACCCGGGGAGGAAGAGUCAGAUGUGGACAUUGAAGGUUUUGAGGAGGAUGAUGAUGGCAAACCAAAGACUCCUGCUCCUGCUGAGGAUGCUGAUGGAGAUCUCGAGGAUGACGAUGACGAUGAGGAGAUGUUGCUGCCGCCUCGCAGACGGCUGCAUGAGGAUGAAGAAGAGGAGGAGGAGGAAUAUGAGGACGGACAUCCCAACCGCCCGGCCCAGGCUAGUGUGCUGUACCAGGAUCUGCUCAUGUCUGAUGGAGAAGAUGACGCCAGCGAAGAGGAGGGCGACAAUCCGUUCUCCACGAUACACCUGUCAGAGAGUGGCAGUGACUCUGACAGAGAGAUUGAUGUGCGACCUGCACCUCCGAGGAGAACCCAAGAGACGGCUCGUAUGGGCAUGGAGCAGGACGAGAGCAUGAUGUCAUAUGAAGGGGACGUGCCUGAUGAGCCUCACAUGGAAGACAGUAAUGUCAGUUACGGCAGCUAUGAGGAGACAGAGAGCCACAGUCAGAUGCAGCCGCCCAGCAUGGGGAACGGGGACUACGGCAUCAGCGAGGAAGAGGAGGAGGAUGAAGAAGACGAAGCACGGAGGAGAGGCCCCGCCGUGCUCUCCCAGGUCCAGCUCAGUGAAGACGAGGAGAGCGAAGAGUUCAGAUCUAUCGGAGGUGACAGCGACAUCGACUCGGACAACUAGUCGUGUUCUGUUUUCUGACCAACAAACAGUGUUAAUAGUCAAAGUGAAAAUAUGGAGUUUUGUCAAGAGAAUGUUUUGUAUUAUUUUGUAAAUGAUCGCUAAUGUUUAUAGCGUCCUCCUCCACUGCUGCACCUGCAGUAUAGCACAUUGUAAAUUUUGCCUUUUUCAUGUGGAGUGAAUAUUGUGUACCACGAUGCCUCUUGAUGUUGAAGUGUGUGAAGAUGUUUUUUACUCUUUUAAAUCAUUCACAACCUGCGAUUCUGUUCUUUCGACCGCACCGCCUAAAUAAAAGAAGGAACAAACACACAGAA